AUGGCGUCUGGAGAGCCGGCAACGAAAAGAUCGAAGACCGAUGCGCUACCAGAGCAUCUCAGUGGAAUCCCCGAAGAGACUAAAAAAGUUUUGAUCGAGAUCGACGCUGUACAGAACGAGAUCGACGGUUUGAAUGAGAAAGCCUCGGAGGAAAUCUUGAAGGUCGAGCAGAAGUACAAUUUGUUGCGUCGUCCUCAGUAUGAGAAGCGAUGUGAGAUGAUCAAGAAAAUUCCCAAUUUUUGGUGUACUGCUUUUCUAAACCAUCCUCAGCUGUCGUCCAUAAUUGAUGAAAGCGAAGAGCAAGCUCUGACGCAUCUCAGCAAUAUAGAGGUUGACGAAUUCGAUGACAUAAAGAGUGGCUUCCGUUUACGCUUCUUUUUCACGCCCAAUGAAUUCUUCGAGAACGAAAAAAUUGAAAAAGAGUACAAUCUUGGAGACACACCAUCAACCACAGGCACCACCAUACGGUGGAAAGAGGGCAAGAAUUUGGGCAAGAAAGGCGACUCUUCAUCUCCGCUGUCAUUUUUCGAGUGGUUGUCAGAAAACGUUGACCCAGCGCACGACGAUAUAGCUGAGGUUAUCAAAGACGACAUGUGGCCCAAUCCCCUGCAGUACUACCUUUUGCCGGAAAUGGAAGAAACUGGUGAUGACUUUGAAGAACUUAUUGACGAUGAAGAGGGUCUGGAAGAAGUGGAUGAUGAAGGAGCGUCAGACGGUGAGGAGAAUGAUGCAUAA